GUGUCAUUCUCCUUUUGCUCUGCGGGGCGGGCGACAGAGCUUUGGUUUCAUCUUUAGGCCCAAAAAUAAUGUCCUGGAAUUGCACACAACGUUCUACCGCCACGCAAUGUGACAGGCAGACAGAGAGGCCUUUUGGGUUGCUGAAGUUGGAUAAAGUCGGUAGCUGGUACUCGCUCCCUCGCAGUAGAUUUUCCUUCCAUCAAGAUGAUGAGAGGCACGUCUGGGGCAGAAGGCAGGUUGCAAGAAGCAGCUGUUAUAAGGUUAAACGAACGCAAUCAAUCUACCAAGGAAUCGAAGAUAUAUACGACAAUAUGUAA